AUGGCCUUAAGCAAGCCUCAAGGCAAUGGAACACUAAGCUGGCAUUGUUUAUCAUUUCUCAGGGAUUUGUUCAGUCUAAAUCUGAUUAUUCUUUUUUCACUAAGAGGACUAGCUGUUGAUUCACCAUCAUCUAGGGAAAUUGUUGUCUGCCAGUGUAAGUAUGCUUUAGAAGUCCUUGAAGAUGCUGGGUACCUGGGGUUGAAACCUGCUAAAUGUCUUAUGCUGCAGAACUUAAGACUGACCAAGGGUGAGGAAAAGUUACUUGAUAAUUCGGGUAUGUAUAGGAGGUUGAUUGGAAGGCUGUUACACUUAACCAUCACAAGACCGGAUUUGUCAUUCUCAGUGCAGGUUAUGAGUCAGUGCCUUAAAUCUCCAAGAAAACCUCAUCUAGAAGCAGCACUACAUGUGUUAAGAUAUGUGAAAGGAACAUCUGGGUACAGGCUACUCUUUCCUGUAGAAUCCAGUCUAGAACUUAAAGGAUUUUACGAUGCUGACUGGGCAUCUUGUGCAGACACCGGAAGAUCGGUUACAAGCUUCUGUAUAUUUCUUGAAAGUUCCUUAAUAUCUUUGAUGCGAACCCUGUAG